CUUUUCACCUCCAAGUUCGACAAUUGAAGUUAAUUCUACACCGUCAAGUGCUCCCGUACUAGCAUUGGAAAGGAAGACUGGGAUGGUUUUAUAGCGAGACUCAAAUCAAACCUGUCCAGCUUAUCAACUCGUGUUCGGCAAAUAUGUCGCGCGCCUCGAAACUCACCCUAGCGAGCACCUCGCUCUUUGCUGUUGGUACAGUUAUCAUGGUGCACUUCCAGCAGAAGGUUGAGAAAGAGGCCAUGCAUCAGGGUGUUGUGCGCGACAUGGAGCAGCAGCGGAUCAAGAAGGAGCGCCAGCUUGAUUUCGACAUGCAAAGGGCAUUGGAGGAAGAGUAUAAGAAGGGCCAGACUGUUCGAGACACUACAGACGAAAUACAAGCCAAAUCGUUACCAGAUCGGUAGUGUAAUGCUUGUAUCUCAUCGCAAUCCAAGUCUACUCCUCGUCGGAUAGCACUACGGUCUCCUACGGCGGUCACUAUGUCCCGUCUGGUCUGGCUUUACCUAAAUUUAGGGGCAUGACAUUUCGCGAAAUGGUAUGCUUAUUAGGUGCGUGAUAGGAAGACGAACUUAGUUGCUGGGAGUAAUAUGGUCCGAGGCAGAUUGCAUUUCUACUAACAUAAGGAUUAAUAGGCGAAGAGCUUAGUUUCAACAUUCUUGCUAUCAAUGCCAACACUCUCCUCUUCAACUAAGUCCUAGGAACUAGCCCUACGAGGCAACAUGCUACUCUACCAGCCGUAACAAUAUAUUAAUAUAUUAAAUUUGAAUCUAUUUUUCAGGACAACACGGUCGAUGUUAACUUAAAGGCAUAGCUAACAUUGACCAUCGCAUUGACUUUCUAAUGCACAGUAUGACCUUUGAAAAUCUCCUCGUAUAAGUCUUAGGCUCAUAACGAACCAACCAACCGUAGUUCGGAUAUGGUACGACGAAAAGCAUCAGUUCCGCGCGACCAAUAGGAUGAGCUAUAACUUACCACGGCUCCUGGUUAUCUACCCCCUGGAUUAUUGG